AUGAAGAAGAGGAGGUACUUCACGAGUGAACCCCCCCCGGACGAUUUAAAUUAUCUGAAUACGAAAGACACGUCAAACAAAAAUGGCAGUGACUGUUUGGACCCAAAUGAGCAAGACAUAUUCGCUUCGUACCUUCCAAGGAACCAUGAGAACGUCUGUUUUCCAAAAAGUUUGCGUGAACACAUGAUUGUCGAGUACACGGCUAUGUUUGCAAAUUCGGAAGGCGACAUCGCGGAGUUCUACCUCAAACUAAACAAUGACAUCCUGAUAAACUUCCCUUUUCUGCAUGUAGACCAUCCGCUGCAUCGAUACUACGAACUCGUUAAGAAGAAUACCAAAAGGAGGCUAAUUGACGACUACCCAGAUUCCAUUCCCAUGGCUUUGCGUGGUCUGUUUGGACAUGUGCGACAACUUGAAAAAGAUAAAGUCACUAGCAAUGAGGUCAAAGACAACAUGCUAAGGGAAAAACAAAAAAUUAGUAUCAAUGAUGCAAAUGAGAUGAAACUUAGACUUUCCGAAAGGGAAAAACGAAAAAGAAAACAAACAGAGGAUCAGUCCUACUCCUCACUUUUUAUGAAAUACAUGGAAUCGGAUGACGAGACGGAAGUAGAAAACAUAGGGCAGGAAAAACCGCUUGGGGAUCAAGACCUACUCGAAAUAGACAAUCUUAUUAACCAAAUUCUUCACUCCAAGAAGGAGCUGUCCAUCUACUUCGCUCGACUUCUCAUGCGCUGUAUAGAAAAACUAAAGUACCUGCAAUACGGUUGCAAAGAAUAUGCGUACUUCUCGGAACGAAUAAUGCAUGCCGAAGACUCCCCCAAGGGCCCAUUCCCAAACGUUACGUCUGCAGAUUUUCUAAGUCUUGUAUUCCUCCUGGAUGAGAAGAAUCUCCCCCAAGAGAAAUCUUCUGAGGGAAAUACCAAAGAGGAACCUGUCCUUGAGGAAAAGGGGGACACCAAGACGAUACAGGAAUGUAGAAGAGAGCGCGCUAAAAUGAUGCUCCAGGAAUUUGAAAAGAAGUAG